UGAUGAUGGAUGAACGUGAGAGAGCGUCAGUUGAAGCUUUGACAAUUCAGAAGAAGCAUGCAAAUUCAGGUCGCUUAGACGACGUGCAACACGAUCAGCUCCAGACGAACGAUCCACACCAGCGGCAAUCACCCUCUCCAACACAUGGCCGACCCUCCCGUUUUACACACAAGCGCCGAGACUCAGAUACCUUACGUUCGGUGCCUAAUGUUGCGAGCGUUUCUCCGUCAGGCAGCAGUAUGCCAGGCUCCCGUCUGUCACCGACCGUCCGCAGUUUGUCAUCUUCUGGGGUUAGCGCUGCAGCCGCUAAGCAUCGACGAAGUGGCACUGCUCCCGAACAACCCACAACAAGCGGUAUGCUUGGACCAUCAGGGCCGUCAUCGGCAUUGGGCCGGACGUGGAGUGGCGAACGAGAGAGUUUGGGAUGGGAGAACCAGCCGAGCAAGGAACGAGAGACAACCAGAGAACGAGAACGGCGGCCUCUGCAAUUGACUCAACAGCAGCUAGAGGCACAACAGCACAUCGAGGCACAACGACAGCAACUUCAGCAGCAGAUACAGCAGCAACAGCAACUCCAGCAGCAGAUACAACAGCAACAACAACAGCUUCUUCUUCAGCAGCAACAGCAAGC